CUCUCUCUCAUCCACACCCUCCCUUCUUCUAUCUAUCGAACACACAUCCGUUUGAUCUUUUAUUAUUUCUUUAAUCAGUGAAUUUUUACUCUACUUUACACUUUUGAGUCAUCUCUAUUAUUUGGCGGUCUGAUACUCUCUCUCUUCUCUAUAAUAGGCUUUCAGUCCGGAAAUCGAUCCACCGCCCUCCUCUCUUUCCUGGUGUCCAACCAUGGCAGACCCCUACACCAAUUUCUUCAAAGGAUACUACAAUUACCACCCUUACUCCACCAAGCCUGCUCCCCCUUCAACGGCCAUCCCCACCUACAACUUGUACAACACGCACAGCUACAACAACCACAACCCCCACUUCCCAACCCCUCCCCCCUCCCCUCCCCUCAGGGAGGCCCUUCCUCUCCUUAGCCUCAGCCCGACAAGGCCGCCAGAGGAGGAGGACACCUCCUGCAGUGAAGCCAAGAACAAAGUCAUGAGUAUUGAUGAAGAAGCUGAUGAUGGUGAUGAUGAGGAUGUGACGGUGGCCCUUCACAUAGGCCUUCCAAGCCCGAGUGCAGCUGAUCUCAUCUCCAGAGUCUCCUCCACCGCAGAGGACAGUACUGGAGACAGAGAAGGAGAAGGUGGUGAUGAUGUGGUUCCUCUAGGCUACCCUUCGACUCCUAUAGGAAGGCUCAACAAGGGCCAGUAUUGGAUCCCCACCCCUUCUCAGAUCCUUAUCGGCCCCACCCAGUUCUCCUGUCCUGUGUGCUUGAAGACCUUCAACAGAUACAACAACAUGCAGAUGCAUAUGUGGGGGCAUGGCUCACAAUAUAGGAAGGGUCCGGAAUCUCUGAGAGGCAUCCAACCAACUGCAAUGCUGAGGCUCCCAUGCUACUGCUGUGCACCGGGGUGCCGGAACAACAUAGACCAUCCAAGAUCAAAGCCAUUGAAGGACUUCAGGACCCUGCAGACCCACUACAAGAGGAAGCAUGGCAUCAAGCCCUUCAUGUGCCGGAAGUGCAGCAAGGCCUUCGCAGUGAAGGGGGACUGGAGGACACAUGAGAAGAACUGUGGCAAGCUCUGGUACUGCAUCUGUGGGUCUGACUUCAAGCACAAGAGGUCGCUGAAGGACCACAUCAGAGCCUUCGGGCAUGGGCAUGCAGCAUACGGCAUCAACUGCUUUGAAGAGGAGGAUGAGCCAUCAUCCGAGAUCGAACAAGAUGGCGAUCUGUCGCGAUGAGUGUAGGGCAGUAUAGAAGAAGUGGGGUUUGGAGUUGCGUAUAUGGUUUGAUAUAAUUAGGUAGUGAGUUGGCUCUAUCAAAUGGUACAAGCCCUCUUAGCUAGUUUCGAAUUGAUUUAGUUUAGAGGGUUCUUUGCUCCCUUUGUUCUGGUUUUAGUAUGAGACUGAUAUGAAAGCAAUGUCGGCCAAUGGCUUGUAAAUGGAGUUGUCUUAGUUUCUCUUUCUUUUAACUUGGUUCAUGCAAGUUCUGAUGUACUUUUUAAUUUGUUAGAUCAAAAUAGAGAGCAUAGAAUUGUGUUAUGAGGUUAUCAAGGUCAGGUUGGGCAGUACCUAAGGUCUCUUUUUUCUUUCCUAGUUUUGGUUAGCAAUAUAUCUUUCCCUAUCUUUGC